CUACUAACGCGCAGUAGACAGACUCAAAGGCAGGAUACACUGGUGGACAGGACCGGUGACGUAGAAUGGCUCAGAACGGAACUACGGAGAACGGAGUGACAGGGGUGAAUAGUCAGGGGAGUCCUCCCAUGCCUUUUCCUCAGCCGGUCAAAGUGCAGGAGAUACGCUACACCAAGAUUUUUAUCAAUAACGAGUGGCACGCCUCUGUCAAAGGAAAGACUUUUCAGACGUUCAAUCCAGCAACUGGUGUCAAAAUCUGUGACGUGGAGGAAGCGGACAAAGCAGAUGUGGACAAGGCUGUGAAGGCCGCUAGAGCAGCUGGCCAGAAGGGCUCCCCGUGGCGUAGGAUGGACGUGUCUAGUCGAGGACGACUCCUGCACAAGCUUGCCGACCUGAUUGAGAGGGACCGGACACUGCUAGCGACCAUGGAGACUAUGGACACUGGGAAACCGUUCUUACAUUCUUUCUUCAUUGACCUGGAUGGCAGCAUCAAAACCCUUAGAUACUAUGCUGGUUGGGCUGACAAGAUACAUGGCAAAACCAUGCCAGUAGAUAACACUUUUAUGUGUUUCACUAAACACGAGCCCAUAGGUGUGUGUGGAGCCAUCAUUCCAUGGAACUUCCCCUUGCUGAUGUUCAUGUGGAAGGUGGCCCCGGCGUUGUGCUGCGGUAACACAGUGGUCAUCAAGCCCGCCGAGCAGACCCCUCUCACUGCCCUGCACGUAGGGGCCCUCAUCAAAGAGGCCGGUUUUCCCCCUGGUGUGGUGAACAUCGUGCCGGGGUUUGGUCCCACAGCAGGGGGAGCUAUUGCCAGUCAUAUGGGCGUCGACAAAGUGGCAUUCACAGGCUCUACGAAGGUAGGCCAGUUCAUCAAAGAGGCCGCAGCCAAGAGUAAUCUGAAAAGGGUGACUCUGGAGCUGGGAGGGAAGAACCCUUGCAUUGUCUUUGCUGACUCUAACUUGCAGUUGGCGGUGGAGGAGACCCAGAAGGGAGCCUUCUUCAACCAGGGCCAGUGUUGCACGGCCGCGUCGCGUGUCUACGUGGAAGAGGAGAUCUACGAGGAGUUUGUGCGUCGUAGCGUUGAGAGUGCUAAGAGUAUCGUCAUCGGAGACCCCCUGGACCCACGCACCGUACACGGACCACAGAUCGAGCAGAAGCAGUUUGAUAAAAUACUGGAGUUGAUUGACAGCGGGAAGAAGGAGGGAGCCAGACUGGAGUGUGGGGGCGCGGCCAUAGAGGACACAGGCCUCUACAUACAGCCCACUGUCUUCUCCGGAGUCAAGGACCAUAUGCGCAUUGCCAAGGAAGAGAUCUUUGGGCCGGUCCAAUGCAUAUUCCGCUUCAAGAGCCAGCAGGAGGCGAUAGAGAGAGCCAACAGUACAGAGUAUGGCCUGGCUGCUGCCGUUUUCACAAGCAAUCUGGACCGGGCUCUCUCUGUGUCUGCAGACCUGGAAACGGGUACCGUCUGGGUGAACUGCUAUAAUGCCCUCCACGCCCAGGCACCAUUUGGUGGAUACAAAAUGUCGGGCAACGGACGAGAGCUUGGUGAGUACGCGUUGGCGGAGUACUCUGAGGUGAAAGCUGUAACCAUCAAACUGACUGAGACACAGUGAGGGACACAGGAAAGGGAACACACCAUUUCUACAACAACGGCCAGCACUUCUCUGUCAAUCAAUCUGGGCUGCAUCCCAACACUCUGAAGCCACUCACCAUUCUCAUCUCCUUGUCUCUGUUUUACUGUCCCUGCUCUGAACUCUGUUAAUGUUCUUUCAUUUUAAAUGUAGUUGUUUACACUGUACUUGGUUGUUAAUGUUUUUUUGUGCUGUGAUGUUACGCAUUUAUGGAUCCUAGGUUGAACCACUGCUGCUUGCGAAGUAGCCAAUGCUAAUAAAAUCUGAAUCCUGUUCUUCAUAA